UAUUAAUUUAUCACUAAACGUGUCGAAAUUUACAGGCCAUCGUCGUCUUCCAUGGGGUCCAUUAUCGGAUAAGCAAAGUACCCGCCGAGUCAUCUUUUUUGCUACUUUCGUUUCUCACACUUUAUCCGUUAAAAAAAACUCGAUCGCAUAAACCUGUUUUCCGAAUCAUUUACCCGUGGAAAACGACGUCGUUUUUGUCACACACUUCACCAUUGUUUUAUUUAAUUACUUUGUCAAACAAUACACUCCUUGUUCAAAUCAUUCAACUUCUUGUUUUGAUCAGUGUUAACCGUCUGCAAUGGCGGAUUAUCGAGUCUGUGUGGUGCUGUUCCUACUACUGUGUGCUGUCACUGUGUGUGUUGAAUCGAAGUAUAUGAUCUACGAUACUGCUCAAGGUGUUGUGAAGGAGAAGCUUAAUGUUCAUCUGGUUGCGCAUACGCAUGAUGACGUAGGUUGGUUGAAAACUGUUGAUCAGUAUUAUGUUGGAUCCAAUAACUCCAUUCAGGGAGCCUGUGUUCAAAACGUGCUUGAUUCGACGAUUCAAGCGUUAUUGGCCGAUAAGAAUCGGAAGUUUAUUUAUGUUGAACAGGCGUUUUUCCAACGUUGGUGGAGGGAUCAGAGUGAGAAGACACAAGCGAUAGUGAAGCGCCUUGUUAGCUCGGGUCAACUCGAGAUGAUAAAUGGAGGUUGGUGUAUGCAUGAUGAGGCUGCACCGCAUUAUAUUGAUAUGAUUGAUCAAACAACGUACGGGCAUAACUUUAUAAAAGAGCAGUUUAAUGUAACGCCACGGAUUGGUUGGCAAAUAGACCCGUUUGGUCAUUCGGCUGUGCAGGCUUACCUAUUGGGGGCAGAGCUUGGAUUUGAUUCUGUUUUCUUUGGGCGAAUUGAUUACCAAGAUAGAGCUAAGCGAAAAGGGGAUAAACGUCUUGAAGUUAUCUGGCGGGGCUCCAAGAGUCUUGGUUCAUCUUCACAGAUUUUCGCUGGUGCUUUCCCCGAGAACUACGAACCUCCACCUGGUGGUUUUUACUUUGAAGUUAAUGAUGAUUCCCCGAUUGUCCAGGAUGACAUCGACCUGUUUGAUUACAAUGUUGAAGAACGAGUUAAUGAUUUUGUUGCUGCUGCCUUAUCACAGGCGAACAUUACUCGCACAAAUCAUGUAAUGUGGACGAUGGGGACCGACUUCAAAUAUCAGUAUGCAGAGUCAUGGUUUCGGAAUAUGGAUAAGUUUAUUCAUUAUGUCAAUAAAGAUGGCCGGGUCAAUGCUCUCUAUUCAACGCCAUCUAUAUACACCGAUGCUAAACAUGCUGAGACUGACUCAUGGCCUCUCAAAGAAGACGACUAUUUUCCAUAUGCAAGCGAUAUAGAUGCCUACUGGACUGGAUACUUUACUAGCAGGGCAGGUCUAAAGGGCUAUGUCAGAAUGUUGAGUGGCUAUUAUCUGGCAGCAAGACAAUUGGAAGUAAUGAAGGGAAGGAAUAAAACAGGGCCCACUACAGACUAUUUGGGUGAUGCUUUGGGGAUUGCUCAGCAUCACGAUGCUGUUAGUGGUACUUCUCAACAACAUGUGGCUAAUGAUUAUGCAAAACGGCUCUCAAUAGGUCAAAAGGAGGCUGAAGUGGUAGUUGCAGAAUCAAUAGCUUGCAUGAUAUCACCAAAACCUGGAUGUUCAAGCUCAGCAUCCAAUAUUCAUCAGUGUCCACUUCUAAACAUAAGCUAUUGCCCUUCAACCGAAGCCGAUCUUUCAUCUGGCAAAAAGUUGGUGGCUGUUAUCUACAAUCCCUUGGGGUGGAAGAGAUCUGAUGUUAUAAGACUUCCAGUUGUGAGUGAGAAUGUCGCAGUCUACGAUUCCAGUGGGAAACAAGUUGAAUCUCAGCUUCUCCCUAUAGUAAAAGAAUCUAUAUCCGUUAGAAAUUACUACGCGGCUGCAUAUACGGGUAAAACACCAAGUUCUACUCCCAAAUACUGGCUUGCGUUUACAGCGUCUGUACCGCCUUUGGGUUUUAGCACGUACGUCAUCUCUAGCACAAAUAAACCAGCUUCGAAUUUUGUAAAAGAAGCUUUUUACAAGCACACUGGCACAGGAAACGAUGAUAUAGAAAUAGGGUCUGGAAAUUUGAAGUUGAUAUAUUCCGGAAGUGACGGAAAGCUUUCUCAGUAUGUUAAUAGUAAAAGCUCCAUUGAAGCCUCUGUGAAGCAAUCAUAUAGCUAUUAUGCUGGAUUUGAUGGCACUACGGGGUUGCAGGCAUCUGGAGCAUAUGUUUUCCGUCCAAACGGUACAUAUCCUAUCGGUUCUCAGAAGCAGAAUAUAACGGUUUUGAAGGGGACAAUAUACGACGAAGUACAUCAGAAAAUAAAUCCAUGGAUUUACCAGGUCACUAGAGUGUACAAAAAUAAGGAACAUGCUGAAGUCGAAUUCACUGUGGGCCCCAUACCUAUUGAAGAUGGAGUUGGGAAAGAGAUUGUAACUCAGAUCACAACCACCAUCAAGAGCGAUAAAACAUUUUAUUCCGAUUCUAACGGUCGCGAUUUCAUUAAACGGAUUAGAGACUACAGAGCUGACUGGGAUCUUGAAGUGAAUCAACCAAUCGCAGGAAAUUAUUAUCCUAUAAAUCUUGGAAUUUACCUAAAAGACGAAAAAAGCGAACUCUCGGUUUUGGUAGAUAGAUCCGUUGGUGGAUCCAGCAUUGUUGAUGGGCAAUUGGAGUUAAUGCUCCAUAGGAGGCUGCUGUAUGAUGAUGGAAAAGGUGUUGCCGAAGCUUUAAAUGAAACAGUUUGUGUCGGUAACGAUUGUAGAGGAUUAGCUGUUCAAGGGAAAUACUAUGUUAGGAUCGACCCGCUUGGAGAGGGCGCCAAGUGGCGGCGAUCGUAUGGUCAAGAGAUCUACUCUCCGCUUCUUUUGGCCUUCACUGAGCAGGAUGGAAACAAAGGGACGAAUUUCCAGGUGUCCAAAUUUUCGGGAAUGGAUUCCACCUACAGUCUCCCUGAUAAUGUUGUAUUGCUAACACUUCAGGAGCUUGAAGAUGGAAAUGUUCUUCUCCGUUUGGCACACUUAUAUGAGAUAGGAGAGGACAAGGAUCUCUCGGUGAUAACACGUGUCGAGUUGAAGAAAUUAUUUACAAAGAGGAAGAUAACCAAAGUAUCAGAAAUGAGCUUAUCUGCUAACCAAGGAAGAGAGGAAAUGGAAAAGAAAAGGUUGGUGUGGAAAGUGGAGGGGUCAAAGAAUGAUGAACCUGCAGUCCCGAGGGGUGGACCUGUUGACCCGCAAAAGAUGGUUGUUGAACUGGCCCCGAUGGAAAUACGAACCUUUAUCGUCACUCUUGGUAAGGCAAUCUCUAGGAGAUUGGUCAGUUCGGAUAUUUCACUGCAAAGAUCUGGUUCAAGUUGAUCUAGUGGUUAGAUUGUUUACAUUUAAAUAAAACCAUGUGUUAGAGAUGUUAGGGUUUUUUCGAUCACAUAAUAAGUUGUCUUUUGAUAGAUCUGUAACGGACGUUUGAUUGUUAAGAAGUAAUAAUAAUUGACUUAAUCUUGUUUUUCUUUUCUUUUAAA